AAAAAAAAAAAGUCCGGCUUGGGACUCCGCUGCGGCUGCUCCUCGUUUCUCUGCUCAAGGCUGGUUCCAGGCAAAAGUAGUUUGAAUGUACAACAUGAUGGAAACCGAGCUGAAACCUCCCGCCCCCCAGCAAACUUCGGGGGGAGGCACAGGCAACUCCAACUCGGCCGCCAACAACCAGAAGAACAGCCCGGACCGGGUCAAGCGCCCGAUGAACGCGUUCAUGGUGUGGUCCCGCGGGCAGCGGCGGAAAAUGGCCCAGGAGAACCCGAAGAUGCACAACUCGGAGAUCAGCAAGCGGCUCGGGGCGGAGUGGAAACUUUUAUCCGAGGCGGAAAAGAGACCCUUCAUUGACGAAGCCAAGCGGCUCAGAGCUCUGCACAUGAAGGAGCACCCGGAUUAUAAAUACCGACCCCGGAGGAAAACCAAGACCCUCAUGAAGAAGGAUAAGUACACGUUGCCGGGGGGCUUACUGGCACCGGGCACCAAUACCAUGACGACUGGGGUAGGGGUUGGGGCCACCUUGGGAGCUGGGGUGAACCAGAGGAUGGACAGUUACGCGCACAUGAACGGCUGGACCAACGGAGGCUAUGGGAUGAUGCAAGAGCAGCUCGGCUACCCGCAGCACCCGGGCUUGAACGCGCACAACGCGGCGCAGAUGCAGCCCAUGCACCGCUACGACGUGAGCGCCCUGCAGUACAACUCCAUGACCAGCUCGCAGACUUAUAUGAACGGAUCGCCUACCUACAGCAUGUCCUACUCCCAGCAAGGGACCCCGGGCAUGGCCCUGGGCUCUAUGGGCUCGGUGGUCAAGACGGAAUCCAGCUCCAGUCCCCCCGUAGUCACUUCCUCGUCUCAUUCAAGGGCUCCUUGCCAAGCUGGGGACCUUCGGGACAUGAUCAGCAUGUAUCUACCAGGUGCUGAAGUACCAGAACCAGCUGCCCCAAGCAGACUUCAUAUGUCCCAACACUACCAGAGUGCACCUGUUCCUGGCACAGCCAUUAAUGGCACACUCCCUCUAUCACAUAUGUAAGACAAAGG